AUGGUUCAACUGUUUUUUAUUCUCUUUUUGUUUUCCAUGGCCGAUCAGGAUUUAAAUGUUAUACUCAGAAAAGCAAGAAUGUACCAAGAGUACAUGCAGAUGGUUCCCCUCCCCACAAGGAAGUCCUCUAUGAUUCCUUGUAACUCCUGGAUAGGGUUGGCUGCAUCAAUGAAGGAGUUAUAUGGGCAACCAUUGCACUACCUGACCAACCUGUCAAUGAAGCAGUGGGAUUAUUUGAGGGUUGUGGCCAAUGAUGAAGACGUUCCAUUGGAUACACUCAUCGAUCCAGCCAAAGCUGAAGCAAACAUUUGGCUUAUAGAAGAAAUGCAUAGGAAUACUACAUCUCCUUUUUUCAUUACUAGGCUCUGGCAUGGUGAUCCCAUGUAUCAUGUUUAUAUUGAUGCAAUUUUCCCAGAGUUGAAGGAUCCAUCCAAAUAG